AUGCUACCACACUCGCCUUUUUCUCGACAUUUUGACACGAAUGAUGCACCCUCUAUCCAAGAUAUCCAUCACAUAAAAGACAUCCUUCUUGACCCACUCGAAAAUUUGCGAAAGCUCGAUGAAGAAAUCGCUCAAUUGCAGGCUCAACGUGAAGUACUGUACACUUUUAUCAACAAUCAUCGUGCCAUUCUCUCUCCUUCUCGAAGGGUUCCUCCGGAAAUUUGGAGCCUGGUAUUUGCUCGCUGUUUGCCACAUUCAGAGUUCCCAGUGCGUGCGAUAACGGAGGCACCACUGUUACUCAUGAGGAUCUGUCGCUCGUGGCGGAAAAUAGCUUUGACGACGCCGGGUCUCUGGAACGCAAUUCACAUAAAUGUCGCCGAUAAAAGUCCAGUAUUUUACGAUGAGUGGUAUACGAGGAUGCGAGCGAGAAUCGGUGGUGUAAAGAGAUGGUUGGAAAACUCUGGGUCACUGCCGCUCAGAAUUUCCUUGUCUGUUAGUCUUAGUCCUCAGAUCGACUCUGAGGUGGCCGAGGAGUUGUGGGAGGGGGAGGGGAGGCACAUUGUAGAAAGGCCGCAUCAUCCUAAUACGACUACAGAAGAACUUGCAGCAGACCUUGCAGCACUCCUUUUGCUGUACUCCUCACGGUGGCAGACACUUUCACUCAAUCAUAUUCCCCCUUCCGUUCUCAAGAUACUACUAGGAGAUGGUGUGGACUUAUCGGUACUACAAAAAAUUUCCUUCCAAGAAUCACCAUUGUCGGACGAAAGCGCGCUACGACUUCUCCGGAAGGCACGUAGCCGUACUAUCCUUUGCAUUGACGGUUACAUCCUCCGUUUGAGGCACCUCCUCGCAUCCUUCUGGACUCGUUUGACUCAACUCGAGCUUACCGCUUAUACCCCAAUGUCCGCUGAUCACCUCUUAUUACUUGCAGAGCUAUGCCCCUCAUUGACAGCCUGUGCUGUACAGGUUUCCGGAUUUUUUCAGGCUGACGCUGUUCUUCUUUCUGAUUCACCGUGCAAGUGGGAACAUCUCCGUAAGCUAGACAUCGCCUUUGUCCGGUGGGCAAAAAUGUCUCUCAUUUCUGACAUUCUCAAUGUCAUCAGCACUCCUCUUCUCGCAGAAUUUUGCAUAACAUGCGAUGUGGGUGCACCAGUCCAGGUAACUGAGAGCCCAAUCCACGAAUUUCUCCUCGAGAGCCAAUGCGAGGAAACCCUUACCCAUCUAACGGUGGAUUUGCCUAUACAGCCGGGGGUGCUAGUACAAACUCUAGCGGUACUACCCUCUCUGAAGUUCCUACGGAUAGGAAAGCUCGAUCGCCGUGCAGGUCCUGUUCCUUCAACGUUUUCACCCGUCAAUAAACAUCUCAUCCAGGCAUUGACUUCCAUUGCCAUUUGCCCUCGCCUAGAAGAGCUCGAGCUGCUGAAUUGUUCUCCAAUUCACGUUGAUGCUCUUCUCAACAUCCCGAAUGCCCGGAAUUUGAAAACGUUUACGGUCGAUUUUGGUGACCAGCCAGAGUGGGUAGACGUCCUCCUGAACUCCAGUCAUGUCACCGAGACUCUUGAUGCACUAAGAUCGAAGGGUAUGAAGGUUGGUUGGUAUUGGCAUGCGUUAAAACUCAAUCUAGAUCCCCCUCGAACCGGACUACCUUCUUGA